CUGUGCGUUUUCUUUUUCCGUUUCCAUCCUCUGAAGUGGUCCGCCGAGAGUUGCUAGGCAACAGGUCCUGGGUUACUUUGGGUUGGGGUCGUAGUCGUGUUUGGGAAAGAAGAAAAGAGCAGUCCCAGUUGGUUUUUUGGAGAAAGGGUCGGGGUUGCAUACAGCCCUGAAGUGGAAAAGAGGGAGGUGACGUGUACAAAUAACGACCGACAGCAGUGAGGAUUGAUAUUUGGAUUAUUUCAACAUGAGCUUCCUGUUACCCAAGCUGAGUAGCAAAAAGGAAGUAGACCAGGCAAUAAAAAGUACUGCAGAGAAGGUGCUGGUUCUCAGGUUUGGGAGAGAUGAGGAUCCUAUCUGUCUACAGCUAGAUGAUAUUCUUUCUAAGACCUCUUCUGACUUAAGCAAAAUGGCUGCUAUAUAUCUGGUAGACGUGGAUCAAACCCCAGUUUAUACACACUAUUUUGACAUCAGUUAUAUUCCAUCCACUGUGUUUUUCUUCAAUGGGCAGCAUAUGAAAGUGGAUUAUGGGUCUCCAGAUCACACUAAGUUUGUGGGAAGUUUCAAAACCAAACAAGACUUCAUAGAUUUGAUUGAAGUAAUUUAUCGAGGUGCAAUGAGGGGGAAACUUAUUGUCCAAAGUCCUAUUGAUCCCAAGAAUAUUCCCAAAUAUGACCUCCUCUAUCAAGACAUUUAACACUUUCUCUACUGUCAAAGUUGAAGAGAAAGGCCCAUUGUGAAACAGUGCCUGACUCCAGCUGUGCUGUUUUUCUGGAGUCUUUCUGGUCAGCAUCCCGGUGGAGAAGAGGUUUGACAUGAAUAGAAAAUACCAGCCCCCAAGUAGAAGACCACACUGGUACUGUGACGAUUGAGGAUGCCCAAGUGUCUCCUCCCUGCAGACCUCAGAGCAGUCAAGUCAGCCAUGGUCAAUUUCCUCAGCGUGGUUAUUUUACUUUCUCUCUAUAUUGUGCUUUUCUUUAUUCUUUAAGAUAAUACAGAAUUCUUCUAAACGUUGGCUAGUAGAAUUUGAUUUAGCUCUGUUUAUUUGAUACACGAGUAAAAUAGAGAGUCAAUUCCCAUAAGAGCAGAAAUACUUAUUUUCUACCUUAGGUGUUUACAUCUACCCCUUCCAUCAUCCUCGACCUUGCCAUUCCUCCACUCAUAUAUUGAUCUCACGUUCACCUAUUAUCCUAGUUAUCUUGGAAUAAAUCAUUCUCUACUGAUAGCAGGCAAGUUUGUUUUAUCUUCGAGCCUUUCUCGCUCAGACUUUUAAAGUUAUCCUGGCUUCCUCAUUUUACCAGCUUUUAUAUUAUUACAUUGCCCAAGCAGUGAGAGCUUGAACCUUUACCAUCCAGGACCCAAUUUCAGCUAAACAAAUAAUUAACUACCCUUAGUAAGUAGAAGCCAACCUCUCCUAGAGCUCCAUCUCUUUUUGAGGAGAAAACUAUACUUCAAGGACUCAAGACUGGAAAGAGAUCUCAGAAUUGCUAGAAAGAAGUAUCAUCUUUAUAGGAUUUGCCUGUUUUAAUAACUUUAUGAGAAUUCUUGCUCUCCCAGGUUGCCUCCCGUGGCACAACCUGCCACCACUUGGGCAAGCUCCUACUCCUCUCAAAAACCUCAUGGGGCCAAUGGUACUGACUUUCUAGAAUAAGAGAAUAGAUGCAAAGCCAGAGGGCAGUGUAACAGGCAGCAUGUGCCCUGCUGGGCAGCUGUUAGCCACCUUGCUAACAGAAGCCCACUUCUGUGCAGGGAAGCACUGUCACUGCAAGUCUGUCCCCCUCUACCAAGUGCUUCCUUUCCAAGCCUUUUCUGACAAAUGUGGUUCUGACAAAUGUGGCAUAGAAGGAAGGCUGCUGGGUGCCUUCGUGGCUUUCGUUGGUAAAGGAGAGAGCCCCUCCUGGAAGGAGACAACAAAAUCCUUCCACUACCACCUCUGCCUUCUCCUGGCUCCCACUUCCUGUUUUCAUGGUGAUUGUGAUGCAUGGAACUGCCGCAGCCAUCUUAGGACCAUGAGGCAACUGGCACUGGGAUGAAAAAUGAACAUGCUGAGAAGAACAAUGAAAAGAGCCUGGGUCCCCAAUAACGAUACCAAGCUACUGAGUGGACUCUAGACCUGCCUCCCUUAAGACUUUUAUGAAACAAUAAAAUGUCUUCA